AUUGCACACAUUCUCGGUUCUCACAAGUCACAUCACAUUGUCUAAACUACUUCAACCCCACCACAGUCCACCCAACCUCAAGCUCCUAAUGGCGAAUUCUCCGAAGAAAGUUCAAAAUCCGAAACCCUCAUCAGUGUUAAUCGAUCCCGUGUAUUCUUCAAUGAUCACACUAUUGAUAUUAGUGAUGGCCUGCAUCGAAAUUUGCGACGCCGUAACGGUGGUCGAUGUGUACCGGCUUGUGCAAUACGAUAUUGGUGGCGUGCCGUUCGGAUCUCGACUCGCUUCACUCAACCAUCACGCCGGUUCUUCGUUUUUUUCUUCAUCGUCUGGGGCUGCCGCGGAUCUCUCCCGCACUGUCCUCAUCCUUCCCGUCCGCGAAUUGAAUCUUACCUUCAUUAAAGAAUAUAUUACGCACAGAAAGCCAUUAGGUGGUCUAUUGCUUCUACUCCCCCCAGCUUUUAGUCUUAACUCUGAAAGUGUGGGUGGAGCUCAUCAUGAUUCUGCAAAAGACCUUAUGAAGGAAGUAUUGGUUGAACUAGAGCAGUUACUUAUACAUGCUAACACCCCUUAUCCAGUGUACUUUGGUUUUGAGGAUGAUAGUAUUAAUACUGUGCUAGCUGAUGUCAAGAAGAAUGAUGCUACUGGUCAACUGGCAACUGCUACAACUGGCGGAUACAAGCUUGUCGUUGCUGUGCCAGAACCCAAGAAAGUUGCAUCUCCAACCAUUGCAAAUAUCCAGGGGUGGUUGCCAGGAUUGAAAGCUGAUGGUGAUUCAAAUCAACUUCCAACUAUUGCCAUAGUGGCAUCAUAUGACACGUUUGGAGCUGCACCAGCAUUAUCAGUGGGAAGUGAUAGCAAUGGAAGUGGUGUUGUGGCCCUUCUUGAAAUAGCGAGAUUGUUUUCUAUUUUAUAUUCAAAUCCUAAAACUAGAGGAAGGUAUAAUUUACUUUUUGGGCUUACAUCUGGUGGACCUUAUAACUAUAAUGGAACUUACAAGUGGCUUAGGAGUUUGGAUCAGCGUCAACGCGAGACUAUUGAUUAUGCUAUUUGCUUGAAUAGCGUUGGCUCAUUUAACAAUGAUUUAUGGAUUCAUGUUUCCAAGCCUCCAGAAAAUGCUUACAUCAAGCAAAUUUUUGAGGGUUUAUCUAAUGUCGCAGAAGAAUUGGGGCUCAAAGUUGGUCUGAAACACAAAAAGAUAAACAUCUCUAACACUCGAGUGGCCUGGGAGCAUGAGCAAUUUUCGAGACUGAGAGUCACAGCUGCAACACUCUCUGAGCUUUCUGUUGCUCCUGAAUUGCUGCAAAACACUGGAGGUCUAUCAGAUAACAGACAUUUUGUUGAUGAAGCUUUAAUAAGUCGAAGUGUCAAGUUAGUUGCUGAAAGUCUGGCGAGACAUAUUUAUGACUUGAAGGGGAAAGACAUCAAUAUAUUUGCGGAUAAUAGUAGUUUAGCUGUCAAUCCUUCGUAUAUACGUUCAUGGCUAGACCUUUUGUCAAGAACACCUCGAGUGGCGCCAUUUCUUUCAAAAACUGAUCCUAUCAUCAUGGCGCUGAAAAAGGAAUUAGCAGAUCAUACCAUCGAGGUGAAUGUACAACAGGAAGUUCUUGAUGGAAUGUUCACUUUUUAUGAUUCAACAACUGGCAGGUUGCAUAUAUAUCAGGUUGCCAGUGUAACAUUCGACUUACUUUUGCUGCUAGUCCUCGGAUCAUACUUGAUUGUUCUUUUCAGUUUUCUAGUCAUCACAACCAGGGGUCUUGAUGAUCUGAUCAGUCUAUUUCGUCGUCCCCCUUCCCGCAAAGUGAAAACGGCUUGAUUAUGGAGCUGGGUAGUUUACCACCAGGACCCUCCGAGUUUUGGACUUGCAGAUUACUUUUUUUGCAGCUUAAAUGCGGACAUUGAACUUCAGAUGAGUUAUCUGAUGGUCCCUAUGUGUGUAGGUUAACUUAAUUCUGAGUAAACUAGUUAGAAGUUUUGAGUUGGUCGUUAUUUCUUUAACUUUUCCUCGGUGGUUUCCUGAAGGAGAUCACUUGGCUGCUAUAAACAAAUUUUGUUGAGACUACCCUGUAAUCCUCCAGCUGGCUCUCCUUACAAAGAGACAUAGCUUCUAUGUUAGAUCCCGAUUUUAAGCGAGGUUGUAUUUUCGAAAAAACUGAUUCAUUUAUCAUCUGAUAUGGUACUUGAACAUAUUUGGCUUGAAAUCAACUGGCAUCUUUUCCAUGACA